AUGAACCGGCAGCUAGUGAAAAUUUUGACAACCUUAUUUGCAUUUUUCUUAGAGACAAACCAUUUCAGGACGACUUUCUGUAAAGAACAUGAUUCAAGAUCUGGAAAAUCCCCCUCACAGACCCUGUCUCCUUCAGAUUUUUUGGACAAACUGAUGGGGAGGACAUCAGGGUAUGAUGCUAGAAUCAGACCAAAUUUUAAAGGUCCUCCAGUAAACGUUACUUGCAAUAUUUUUAUCAACAGUUUUGGAUCAGUCACAGAAACCACAAUGGACUACAGAGUGAACAUUUUUUUGAGACAGCAGUGGAACGAUUCACGCCUGGCUUACAGCGAAUAUCCUGAUGAUUCCCUGGAUUUGGAUCCCUCCAUGCUGGACUCUAUUUGGAAACCAGAUUUGUUUUUUGCCAAUGAAAAGGGAGCAAACUUCCAUGAUGUCACAACAGACAAUAAGCUGCUAAGGAUUUCUAAGACUGGAAAAGUGUUGUACAGUAUCAGGCUUACUUUAACCUUAUCAUGUCCCAUGGACUUGAAGAAUUUUCCUAUGGAUGUACAGACAUGCACAAUGCAGCUAGAGAGCUUUGGCUACACCAUGAAUGAUCUGAUUUUCGAGUGGCUGAGUGAUGGACCUGUGCAAGUUGCAGAAGGUUUAACCUUGCCACAGUUUAUUUUGAAAGAAGAUAAAGAACUUGGUUAUUGCACAAAACAUUACAACACUGGAAAGUUUACAUGCAUUGAAGUCAAGUUUCAUUUGGAGCGUCAGAUGGGAUACUAUUUAAUCCAGAUGUACAUUCCUAGCCUGCUGAUUGUCAUUUUGUCCUGGGUUUCUUUCUGGAUCAACAUGGAUGCUGCUCCAGCAAGAGUCGCAUUGGGUAUCACUACAGUUUUGACAAUGACCACUCAAAGUUCAGGAUCGAGAGCUUCCCUUCCAAAAGUCUCCUACGUAAAAGCUAUUGACAUCUGGAUGGCCGUGUGCCUUCUCUUUGUCUUUGCUGCAUUACUGGAAUAUGCAGCAGUCAAUUUUGUUUCACGGCAGCACAAGGAGUUUCUGAGGCUUCGAAGAAGGCAAAGAAGACAAAACAAGGAAGAUGAGGUUGCUCGUGACAGUCGAUUCAAUUUCAGUGGGUAUGGCAUGGGUCACUGUCUCCAAGUCAAAGACGGCGCAGCAGUCAAGGCUACUCCACCAAACCCACCUCCAGCACCACCAAAGGAUUCAGAUUCCAUCAAAAAGAAGUUUGUUGACCGUGCAAAAAGGAUUGAUACAAUAUCCCGUGCUGCAUUCCCACUCGCCUUCCUCAUUUUCAACAUCUUUUACUGGAUUACAUACAAAAUUAUACGGCAUGAGGACAUUCACAAGAAGUAGGAAACUGGUGUGCCAGGAUUUGUCAGCCAAAGUGAACCACAUGUAAAUAAACAAUGAAAUGUCUCUGUUAUUUGGAUAAAGGGUUUCUUUUUCCCCUCAGGACUCUGAAGAGAAAAUGAAAAAGGAAAAGAAUUAUAGAAGGAAAUGUGAUUGCAUGAAACAAUAUACCUGAGACCAGUCAAUAAGAGUUCCCCUUAUGUACUGUCAGUGUUCUUCUGCCAGAUUCAGCAUUGACCAGACAUCUGUAAAAGGGGCCAAAUUUUACUCAACUUUAUCACCAAGAUACUAUUGCUUGAAACAAAAGAGAAUCAGAAAACAAACAGCGCUCCUAAAACAUCUACCAAGAGACUGUGGUGGCUACAGUGCAGUGAGUUAUAAGAGGACCAAACUUUUUCAGGAUAAUGUUGCCUUUCUAUUUGAAACAAGUCUACUGAGCUACAUUCCAUAACCAUGUCUGUAGUUAGUGGUUUCACCAAGGAGUCCUUUUGUGGGUUGUAAAUUAU